AUGCGCGCUCCCUUUGUCCCGCCUCCCGGCCGGCGGCUCUAUCCGCGCGGGAGCGCGCUUCGGCCGCUCUUAAGUGCUCCGGGUGGAAACUGGCGCCGGCGGCGGUUGCGUUCCGCGGGCGGAAAGGAAGGGGGAGGUGGGAAGGCUGUGCGCCGCCCGCUCCACCCCCCACCCCGCCUCGGCCCUGAAGGGGCUGGAUGGGCAAGUUGGGCGCGAUGGCUCGAGUCCGGGCGGCGGCGGCGGCGGCCGGAGGCGGCGGCGCCUCCUCCUCCUCGCCCCGGCGCCGGCGGUGAUCCGAACGAGCGGCCGCGGCCCCCGAUGAGACUGUUCGCGGGCUGGCUGUGCCUGAGCCUGGCGUCCGUGUGGCUGGCGCGGAGGAUGUGGACGCUGCGGAGCCCGCUCACUCGCUCACUGUACGUGAACAUGACGAGCGGCCCCGGCGGGCCGGCGGCGGCCGCGGGCGGCAGGAAGGAGAACCACCAGUGGUACGUGUGCAACAGAGAGAAAUUAUGCGAAUCACUCCAGGCUGUCUUUGUUCAGAGCUAUCUUGAUCAAGGAACACAGAUCUUCUUAAACAACAGUAUUGAGAAAUCUGGCUGGCUAUUUAUCCAAUUAUAUCACUCUUUUGUGUCAUCUGUUUUUAGCCUGUUUAUGUCUAGAACAUCUAUCAAUGGGUUGCUAGGAAGAGGCUCAAUGUUUGUGUUUUCACCAGAUCAGUUUCAGAGACUGCUAAAAAUUAAUCCAGACUGGAAAACCCAUAGACUUCUUGAUUUAGGUGCUGGAGAUGGAGAAGUCACAAAAAUCAUGAGCCCUCAUUUUGAAGAGAUUUAUGCCACUGAGCUGUCUGAAACUAUGAUAUGGCAGCUUCAGAAGAAGAAAUACAGAGUGCUUGGUAUAAAUGAAUGGCAGAAUACAGGGUUCCAGUAUGAUGUCAUCAGCUGCUUGAAUUUGCUGGACCGCUGUGAUCAGCCCCUGACUUUGUUAAAAGAUAUCAGAAGCGUCUUGGAGCCCACUAGAGGCAGGGUUAUCCUUGCCCUGGUUUUACCCUUUCAUCCCUAUGUGGAAAACGACUCGAAAAAUGGUAAAUGCCGUUACCUGUUUUACCCUCGUGAAGACCAUUUGUGUUCCAGCCUGUGUCAUUUCUUUGUAUGACAUUGGGUUUUUGGUUGCAGAGUCUUGCUCUUCCACAAUCCCGAGUGAAGAAUGUAUUAAAAGAAAUGGUUUGAUUUCGUAUUACUUCAUAUUUACUGUGAUCUGGUAGUAGCCACAUUAACUCAUGGUUUUAGCUCACGUGGUUUGCAUUUCAGGUCUUGUUGGAAGUUAUGAUUUUAAGCCUCUCCUUUGCAUUUUCAUUAGUUAAUAAUGUGCAGUAAUACAAAAACUAUUUAUUAAGUAAUACAUGGUAAUAUUUGAAAAUCUUUAGUUUUUCCAUUUUACUGCCUGGUUCAGCCUUGGGUUCAAAAACUCUAAGAGCCUGCAGACAUUUUUAAGACCUGCAUUAAUAUUUCAUAAGCUUCAUAGUUCUCAAAUAUCCGUGAAAAUCUGUCUUAAGGAAUAAUAUUCAUGUUUGCUUAUAACCAUGGAUUUGACUUGCUCCUUUAUUUCUUCUUGUCCUUAUUUUUAGCCCCCUCAGGUCUUAGUCCCUUCAGAUUAAAUGCUUGUUUUAACAUUUCCAAAUGAUUUUAGAUGUUUGUUGAUGAUGGGGAAAAUGCAGAAUUCUUUAGACAUAGGAGGGUGGGAAGGAGUGCAGAUAGACCAGAUCAAACAAUUCUUGUUGGUGAAUCACCUGGUCGUGGUAAAGAAAAAAUUGCUUUCAGUGUGAGUGCCCAUAUAGCGUGUAUGCAUGUGUAAGUUUGUGUGUGUGUGUGUGUGUGUGUGUGUGUGUGUGUGUGUGUACGUGCAGUACAGUGAGGAUCCUAGGAAAUGUCCUUGGUAAUUCAGCAACCUGACUUGUCAGUGCUGUUCCCUGUGUAAUUAAGCCUUAGCUCCAUCUCUGCAUUGCAAUCACUAGUCAUCAGAUUAUAAGGCCCUGGUUUCCUGUGUCCUGUUGGGCAACCACAUGAUAGAAUUUUAGUGCUAUUUCCUGGCAUAGCAGGAGGUGGAAGAGCAGGGGAAGAAACAUUAAUCUAACCAUGAAUUUUAUUUCCUUGUGUUUCUCACACUAAAAAUUGAGAGGAAAUCCAACUGCACAAGAGAGCAGUCCCCAGUAAGGCCUGAAAACAAGCUCCCUGGUUGUGGACGUGCACUUGCCUACUAAGUCCCGGGAAUCUGGCACAUGACGUGUACCAAACCUGAGUACAAGAAGCUUUUUUGCUGUGGGUGGCCUUUAUUGACCUAUCCAUUUUGCAUAUUGCUCCACGGCACUCCGUUAUUGCUUCCUUUCUUUAAGUCACUAAUUAGAUCCUGAUGAUUUCCAUGUGACACAAUGUGAGGACUGUGAGCUGCAAAGUGACCUUGUUGUGUGUGUGAGUUCGUGAAUACUGGGCUGUUUUAAGGAAAUAGGAGUGUGCUUUGCAUACUUGGCCCAAUUUAUAUUUCAACAAAAAGCAAUUGUAGAUGAAAUUAUUUUUUGCACUUUUUUGAUUUGUCUUUAAGUCCUGUCACUGCAAUUUUGUUUCUUAGGUUAAUUUGGAAAAAAUGUAAACUGCAUCUUUCUAAUUUCAAUUUCCAUUUAUUUGGUUUCCUGACCCAGUUUUGGUUAUGGGGUCAUUAAAUCUAUGUGAGAAUUGUUCUAAGCAUCAAAUAAGGGAAGAGUAGAUAAAAAGACAA